AAUUAUAAAAAGUCAUGGUAAUUUUUGUAACAAAGGUGUCAAACUAUAUUUUUGAAAUUCAUGUUUAAAUGGUUUUAAAUCAUGUUUCAAUCGAUUCUAUUCUACGCACUGUUUCUCGUCUGCGUACCUGGCGAAAAAUUCGAUCCGAAAAAGGUGGAUUAUUGUAAGAAAAAAUGCCCAUUUGAGACACCCAUUAUGUCAUCCGGUUGCAACUGUGAGCUGAGAGGAACUCGUUCAGAGACCGAUUUAGACAAAUAUAUGGAAUUUCGGAAAGUGGUUAUAGAUGAACACAAUUAUUUGAGAAAUUUUUAUGCUUCUGGUAAGGAGACAAAAGGCUCAUCCAAAGCGGUAGCCGACAUGUUGGUCAUGAAUUACGACGUGGAACUUGAAUACUUGGCAAGAUGUUAUGGAAGAAGUACCUUUGACGGAUACCACGAUGAUUGCAGAAUGUUACACGAUGACAGACUGACAGCACAGAAUCUAGGUGGAUUAAGAUUUAAGAACAACAGCUUAAGUUUAAUCAAAAUCCAUGUAGAAGACUGGUACAGUGAAGUAAAAGAUAUGGAGCCGGAUAUGUAUGAAAAAUUUCGUCUCAGAAACGAUAAAAUAAUGACAGGACACUUUGCAGCAAUGUGUUGGGGAUCUGCAAAUACAGUAGGAUGUGCUCGAAUUUAUACAUCGGAUACAAUAAAAGACAAAUUUACUAAGCCGACUAUGGUGCAAGCUUUAAUUUGCAACUACUCUGCGAAGGGUGUGAAAGGAAUAGUUGAAGGUGCCGAUGAGCGGAUGUUUAUACAAGGACCGCCUUGUUCGAAAUGUCCUCCAGCAUUUAGCAAAUGUAACUCAAAGUACACUUCUUUGUGUGGGGAACUAGAACCGAUCCCAACAGACGAACCGUAUGAUUUUGACAACCCAAAUGGCAAACCGAGAGACAAACCAAGAGGCAAACCAUCCAAUUCAAGCAAAAUUUGCGGAAAAAGUACCAUUUUGAUUUUGGCUUCUGUUCUAUCAAUGUUUUUUUAAUGAAAAUAAUGUAUAAAAUAAAAUGUGCAACUUCC